AUGUGGGGGGCGCUCCACAUGAUGACGAUCAAGCUUCCAGGUCCUGCCGGGUCGCCUUUCUUCCUCCUCCCCUUGCCGCUCUGCCCAAUCAAGCACAACGUCUACCGUCCGUCAUCUUGGAAAGACAUUGACCGUGCUCCAUAUCAACCUCUGCAUUUCACUCCGACCUUGGCCCCCACUCGAUCGUUCUCUAGUGAUCAGCUAUGGGUCUGAUCACCCAUAUCGUCUCCUUCACCUACGCGCCCACCGUUUCCUCCUCGGAGAAGCACUUGAUCGCUUCGUCAUUUCUGGCUCUGAAGGAAAGAUGCGUACUGCCAAGGAAUUUCUACGCCGAUACUCAGGCAGAGAGCGACGAAGCCAAAACUGUGGGAGUGGAAGGGGAGACUUUGGAUGGGGGGAGGUAUAUCGUCGAAUGUAGUGGGGGGUGUAAUAAUUCACCUGAAGGAUUUAGUAGAGGGUUCGAGGUGAGUCCGGUGUAGUCCGGUGAUCGACAGUGAGAGACUACUAAUCCCCACUCGCCGAUUCUUCGGCUUCCACUGCCACCCCCACCUCAAGCACACCUUCAUCCUCACCUUCCGCAACAAGCAAGAAAGGGACUAUUACCUCGACCGCGAUCCGGCCCACCAAGCGUUCAAAGAGAUGUUGGGGGGCAAAUUGGCCGAUGAUGGCAAGGGUUUGAUUGGCGUUUGGGUGUUUGAUUUCGAGGCGGGUGUUUUCGAAUAG